GUGGUGCACCCAAAACUUGUGUGGAAAAGUAAAUGUUCGAAAAGUAAAUAGCCUUGCAGGCCUUGAGGCCUUUGAGUAGGCGAUAUGCAGUGCUCUUUUUUUCUCUUUUUUGCCAAGUGGAAUUGGCUCAUGAUCAAUCUUGUCCCUGACGUUCGACAAGCGGCUUGUCUGAUCUCCUUUGAUGCAGGAUGUGGUCUGUUUGAGACCGACAGUUUGGCGAUGGUUGACCCUGGGAGGUACCUUGACCUCGUCUAUUUGCAGCGGAUGCGGACAGCUGAUGAUCGAAGGCAUGUGGUGGAUCUGUAUGCCGAUGUUUUUGGGCGUCUUCCACCAAUCAAUGUAUAUCCAGAUGUGGCAGUGAAUCCGAGUGUGUUUCGCAUUGGGAAUGCUGCUGUUCCCCGCCGAGCAGGUUUGGAGGGUGCCAACGUUUUGGGUGGAGAUAGCACUUCAGGGUCUGUCCUUCAAGUCCAGCGAGGAGUUUUGCUUAGAGGCAUGCUGAACGCUACGGAGAAUGUGGCAGCUUGCAUAAGGAGUGGCUGGAUGUGCCUUGUGAUUGGCCCGCCUGCCUCAGGAAAGACAUCAGUUGUGCGCUCACUUGCGGCUUUGACAGGUAAUGUUCUCCAUGAAUAUGCACUGACAAGUGCAACCGAUACUACAGAACUGCUCGGCUGUUUUGAGCAGUAUGACCCCUUACGAUCGCUGCGGGAGACUGAUGGCAGGGUUAUGGCUGCAUUAGAAAGAGUCUGUGCACAACUCCUGAGCUCUGGUGGAAUGAACACGGCAACUGGGGAGAGUGGAAUGGCCAGGGAAAGCCUUGAGGGAAGGAUUGCAGCUGUAAAGAGUCUUUACGACUCUCAAAAAGCUUACAAGAGAGCAUUGGUGCUGCAGUGGGGCGAUUCAGCUUCAUUAGCAGUGGGAGUCGAGAGAUUACAAUUUGAGGAAGGAUCACUGGGCCAGAAGAGAACAAUUGAAUGUAUGAUACUGGACCUACUUUCUGAGCUCGUUGGAAAGAUCAGGCAAGUCAUGGAGGCUUGGGAAGGGAUGCAGCUGAGCGUUGAAUUGGAGCCUGCAAAGCUGGAGAGGGAAGUUACUGAGCUGCGGUUACGCCAAGGGAACUCGGGCGCUGGAAGGUUUCAGUGGGUUGAUGGCAUUCUGCUCAAGGCACUUGAGCGUGGGGAGUGGGUUCUGCUUGAGAAUGCAAAUUUCUGCAAUCCAACGGUGCUUGAUCGCUUAAACCCAUUGUUGGAACCGGGAGGUAACAUUCUGGUUAAUGAGCGAGGUCUGAUCAACGGGGAGCCAAUGCUUGUGCAAGCACACCCAAACUUCCGUCUGUUUCUGACCCUCGAUUCUCGGCAUGGCGAAGUGUCCCGUGCCAUGAGAAACCGUGGAGUUGAGAUCUUCCUUUUGCCUCCAGAUUGGCUUCCACAGUUACUCAUGGAGCAUGAACCUGUGAAUGCUGAAACUCUCCCAGAUGUUCAGACCUUGGAUUUGAAGGCAGCUCUUGGGGCUGCAGGGGGUAUUCCUGGUUCCAAGCUUCUGGAUAUGAUGUGUCGCUCGCACAGGGAAGUACAGAUGUUAGUGCUUCCCAGUCAUGGUAAAUCAGUUGUGAGCUUGAGAGACAUGACCCGAUGGGCAUGUUUACUUGUUGAAUUACUUGAGAGAGGAAUAUCGCUUGCAUUUGGAUUGGUGGCAAGUUGGGAACAGGUAUAUGUUCGCCGGCUUGACUCACUCGAUAGCCGUGACUUAGUGAGGGAAAUCCUCACCAAGCAGAUGUCUGCAUUCGGUGGGGAAGAAAGAAAUGAAAGCUGCAGCUGGCUGGAAACAGGGCUAGUCUACCCAGGUGGAUGGCCAUGUCCUCUGCGCCUGGAGUCCUUUGUCAUGGACUCGUCAAUUUCCACAAUCAGGAGGGACGGAGCAUACUUCUAUUUCUUAUUGCACCAGCACAUGGCAGCAGAGUUAGAACUGCGUGCACAGGGAAUCGUUAGCCGCUUAACUGACGGGCUCCAAUCCUUGUUACCCAACUCUCAGGUGAAACCGGCCCUUCCACUCCAGUUAAUGAAGCUGUAUCUUGGGGUUGACUGGGAUGUCAGUGACAAAGAUUGGAUUGGUGGUAAUGGAUUGAGACAAGAGGGUAGGCGAGCAAGCAAGAUGUUAUUCAUUGCAGGUCUCUGCUUCCUGGAGAAGUCUUCAUCUGACUUUCCACUGCGCGUCCUCUGGCUGAAGUUUCUGCAGAUGUGCUUUUGUGGUCUGAAUUCAUCUGCAAUGUCUCUUCUAUCAAGGCUGCUCAACAUGGUGGGUGGCGAGUUGGACAGGUUGGGGAGGUCUGCACUGGCAGUGCUCCAGAGUCAGUUCUGUGAACUGGCUAAGCUUGCGCAGGAGCUUAUUCCAUCAUUGCCUUAUGAUCUAAGCACUGAUGCAAGCAUUCGGAAUAGAGCGUUGGAUUUUUUGGAGGCCUUACAAAUUCCUCCCCCCCCUGCCACCAGCAGUGAGGGAAGUACUUUGGUUGAGAGGGUUGUGCAGAUUUGGAAAUGCCUCACAGAUCAGGCAGACAAGCUGGCAGCAAUACGGAAGUGCACAUAUCAAUCAGAGAUCGAAAUGGGGAUGUUGGAACUGGUUCAGCAACCAGGGCACUCAAUGUCUGAGACCCUUUUAGGGCAGUCCUAUUGGCAUUACACAAGGCCUGCAUCGCGGGGUAGAAUGACAUUAGCUCACAGAGCAGUUGCCUGGUUUUAUCCACUCUUCGUGUCACUGAGGAGGAUUGAGGAGUUAAUUCUGCAGUCUGAAGGUCGUUCUUUCACAUGGGCUGAGAUAAGUAAGGCAGUGACAAGUUUGCAUGAAUGGCGUGAGGCUCUGUGGGGUGUCGUGGACAACAUCGCAAAGCAACAUGACCAAUCAAGAACUCGCUGGUGGAAUUGGGAACCAUUCUUGGUGACAUGGCAGUCUGUUAAAAGUGCACUGCAAAUGUCGUUGAUGGUGAUGUCAAAGGCAGAGGAUCAUAUGGAGCUGUCAAAGGAACGAGAGAGGAUUCUUCACCUUGUGGAGAUGGUAGACAAGGCCUUUGGCAUUUCUGGUGUGGGCACUAGUUCAUUGCUGUGGAAGAGGGGUGGUCAUCCUCAGGUUCCCAGUACACUGGAAUUGUUUCAGGAGGAUGUUGAACUGAGCAAGCUCUGCCAGAAACUGAGGGUUUCCACAGGGAGUGAUUUCUCAGGCCAGUCAGCUGUUGCCGUCAAUGAAGAAAUACGCCGUCUUGCAACACAAGGACUGUGCAUGCUCAGAUGGGUGGGGCAAAAGGAGAUGCCACUGGCUGCAGAAUUCCCACGUCUGGAAGCCCAAAACUCACUUCAGCAGAGGGGCGAGGGCGUUACAAUUGCUGAGGCAAUGGAGAUUCGACAGCUGCUGGAAUCCCAAGUGGCAUUGUUUAAGAAAAAUGUGUACAGAUCAGGAGGGCCUAGCACAUUGAUUGCAGGAGUUCAGCCCCAGCUUGCAGGAGAAAUGAAGGCCGCUCGCUAUACAUUCCCUCCACAGCUGUUGCAGUGGCCAGGUGCCCAAGUGUUAUGGCUGCAGUUGCUACCACUGCUUGAUCAUGCUAGCCUUGUCCAUGACGCGUUACUGCUAUUCGAACUGUCACCUCUGGUUGAAGCUUUUGGUGCUAAAAGUGGAGAAGCAAUAAAGGACGUCCCAGCAGACCGUCUGGAACAGGCAAUGUCAUUCUCCCUGAAAUGCAUGUCAAGGUCACCGGCAGACUUUGUUCCGCACCAACAGCUGCUAUGGAUAGCUGAUGCUCCCAAUCGAGAUGCGGUCAUCACUGGUGUUGGUGAUGCGCUUCAAGGUAUUCUGCAUGAAAUGUGGUUCAGGUGGCAGGUCAGCCUUUGGGAUAAUGCACUUGAAUCUGUUCCAGGGAUCUCAUGUGAUGAGAAGACUUCUGCAUCAUCUGCCCAUUUACCGUUUGUGCCACCUGCUACAUCUUCCUCGGCACUGAGUCUGUGUGGAAUGCCCGAAUUGGAUGGGGGAGUCAUUGCAGCAACAACUGGUCCACCAAGGCUUUUUCUAGGGACAAGAACCACCUUCACGACAGGCCUGAUAACCUCUGUUGUGCAUGCUGGUAUGAAGGACCAUUACUCGAGGCUUUUACAGCUGAGGUUGGCUGCUCAACAUUUCUGGGACAUGGCGGCUGAGAUUCCAGUGGAUCUUCCACAAAUUGAUUGGCACAAUGCCAGCGUCCUCUUCAUUCAGGGGACUUCGCCAGAGCCAGGGAUGCUUCAGAAACUUGCUGAGGUGCUGGGUCGGUCGUCUCAUAGGCAGUUUGGGAGCCUAAUCCAGCCUCUUCUCCUUCCCUGUGCACAAGCUCUUGUGCACGCCAUCAGUUGUAGAACCUCCAAUGAGAGGAUGCUCAGUCAGGCCAAGGCAUGGGCUCUACUAGGAGCUCUGCGGUUCCAUCUGUUAUUGCCACCUGAUGGCUGUGACCCUGCUGGAAAAUAUGCAUACAAACGUGACCACUUAUUGGACCGGUUAGAAGACAUACAGAUUGAAAUUGAGGUUCGAGCAUCUGUCCAGCGUUUUUCGACUGGCUCAUCAUACUCGCCAGCAAUCGAGCGACUGUGGUCUGACGCUGCUAACCUCAGGAAGGAAUUGCAGCAGCUGGAAGGGAAGAUUGUGCCACGGCCAAAGCCUUCUCAGUUCAUGGCCCUGUAUGAGGACUUGUGUCAGUUCCUUGGACGUGUGAUGUCGGACUCGAAGCUAUUUGGUUUGAUCUCGGAGCUUGAAGAGUACAUGAUGAACGCUGAACUUGGUCAUUCAGAUCGAAAUGGAACCAAUGUAAGGCAGCUACAGAAGGUGAUGCAGGAGGCUUUUACCUGGCAGGACAAUGCAAUGCACAUGAUUCAACGGCUGUCUUCAGAGUACCCGUUGUACCGAGAUGUCGUGCAACCUUUCCAGCUGUCGGUUUACUUGGUGAAGUAUGGUCUCUCUCUUAUGGUUUCUACUUGCAUUGGGACGCAAGUUGGGAGAGUUUUGGCAGUGCCAUCAGAGGCAGCAUCUGAAUUGACGACAGAAGGUUCGGUGCAACCUCUUGCGGACCUACUUUCUACCUUAAUGGAGUUCCCUGUGAAUCGUGCGGACUCCCAUCUGUUCGAGAAGGUGACUCAGAUUGAAAGAACUGCCACAAAUUCAGUCAACGCUGAAAUGACAAGAAGCACAUGGGGAGAGGAUAUGCUCCUCAGCUCCGGGCUAGUCAAGAAGACCACUUAUAAAGUGCUUCAGCUGAUCGCAAAGCGAGCUUUGCUGGAAGGCAGAUGGGACUUGCAGGAGAGUCUGAUGGAGGUCAACAUUGCACUGCUCAGGGUUGCGCUUCUCCGUGCCUCAGAAGAGAUUUUGCACAGGAAGUUUGUCGGUGGGACAUCUCUUCAGUUCAUUGAGUGGGUGUUUGAUACCUUUGUGUCCAUGUGGAAUGAUAUGAGGGAAAGACAACUUGAGAAAGAGAGAGAGGAGGCAGAGUUGUUUAAGACAAAGGCAACAACACACACUCUGGAGACACAGGAAGAGGAGGACGAGGAGUCCUUUAAGGCAAUGUUUCCUAAUCAUUUUGAGGAUUACGAAGACCUGAAUCAACCAGCAAUGGUUUCAGCUGAAGAAGAUGAUGCAAAGGCAAAAGCAUUCGAAAAAUCGGAGAAGGAAAGGAUGAUUAGCGAUGCUCAAGGUCCUGCCAAAGGCUCAGAAUUGCGUGUAUAUGGAAUGCUGGAGGGGACACUGCUUCGGGAUGUUAUCCGCGUUCAUUCACUAGUCUUCUCAAACCAAUGGGAGCCCUUCGAAGAGGAAGUAGGAGUCGGGGACAAACACGGAGUGGCUGGUGACAAGAAGAUCGAGCUUUUUGAACUGUCCUAUAACACUGGUUGCAAAUUGCUGCAAGUCAUGGACUGGUAUGCUCCUGCGGAUGUUGACACAAAGACGCAGUCAGCACACCUACUGAGAGUUUGCAUUGAGCAUCAGCGACUAGGAAAGGCUCCGCCACCGUCUACUGCACAAACACUUGCCACAUUUGACAUCCGGAAGGAUGCCAAUAUCCCUGAGCUUGCGCUCAUGUUGGAACCCCUCAGUGCCUUAUGGGACCGAUUGAUGGUGCUGCUUGAGGAGUGGCCAGAGCAUCCAAUUCUUCUACAGCUGGUUCGAAUCAUUGAACGCGUGUUGAGCCUUUCAGAGACAGCACCAAUUAUGAAGGCUUUAGUCGGUCUGGAGCUGCUGCUUGAGAAGGCGCAGCUGUGGGAGGAGAACGCAGCAAAGCAUGUCUCGCUAGCCGCGGAGUUGGAUGUGAUUGCAAGGCUAAUUCAGCGGUGGCGAAAGCUGGAGCUCGCGUCUUGGCCUGGUCUGCUCAACUCUGUCGGCCAAAAGCACCGUGAACAUGCGGAAAAGAUGUGGUUUGUCCUUUACGGUUUACUGCACCGUCCACUGAGUGAGAAUGUUGAGGCGGACAUUAUGGACACGACAGCCAGCGUGGAGGAGUUUAUCCAGACGGCUGCUUAUGGCGAGUUUGAGCGGCGAAUGGAGAUGGUGCAUGCAUUUUAUGGCCAACUUCAGUGUCAUAUUCGACUUGGCGCAACAAUUCCUGGUGUGACAAUAGAAGCAUCUUCAAGACUUUGCUGUGUUCUCUAUCACAUUCAUCGGUACUACAUGCAAUUUAUGCCAGCCUUCCAGGAGGUGUUGAAAGCUGAAAAAGCUCCAAUUGAGCAAGAGCUAAAAGACUUUGCACGCUUGGCAAAGUGGGAGGACCGGAACUACUUCUCCAUGGCUGCUUCAGCAGACAAGGCCCAUCGCAAAUUGCACAAGUUUGUGCGGAAGUAUGAGGUGUGUGAAAGUCGGAAGGUUGACUUCCGCUCUGCCUCCCUAUGUCUAUUAGCGCAAAUGGCAGAGGAAUGGCGGCGUUUCUGUUGCAGACACCUGGAGUUGCAGAGUGGGAAAACAUCUUUGGAUCUCUCGACUGUUGGCCAAAGCUUUAGACUCGAGGAGGACAAACUCUACCAGAAUCGGCUUCCAUCCCUGGCUCCUAAAAUGGCAGCGCUGAUCGAGUCGGCCGUACUGUCCACCAGUGCAAUGGCAGCAAGACGUGAAGGUGCGAGUACAUUAGAAGAGCUUGCAGAGGCAGUUGUUGUCAGAGCAAAUGCACUCCGGACCAUGGAGAAACAACGUGCAGUUAAGAAGAAGGCGCUCGUGGACCUGCUGAAAAUGCUUCGCCAGAUUGGCCUUUCUCAUCACAAAUCUGCCAUUCCUGAGGGUGAGCGAAGUGCAAAGAGCUGGUUUCAGCAGCCCACACCUGCUGUGGCGGCGUCUUUGGCUAUAUUCAGGGAUGUUAUAUAUCAAGACAAAGCAGAACAGAUUGGGCAUAUGGCUAUGGCAGUAUCGACUGCAAGGCACACAUGGCAAAAAGCUGAUGACUACUACUACAAGAACAUGGCAAGAAUGCAACGAAUGUGGCAGUGUGCUCUGGAGUUCAAUAAGGAUCUGAGCUUGCGUGAGGUGGAGGUUUCUGCACGGUACGUGGAGCAUCUUCUUCAUCUCCAACGAGUCCAGCGCCGUAACGCAGAUGCCUUUGCAGAGAAAGUGGCACACAUUGUCUGCACAUCCCAGAUUAUCAGCUUGCUAGGUAAAGAGACGGAAAAUGAAGACAAUAUGGUGCUCCCUUUCCAGAGCUUUACAAGGACAUGGAUGUGGAGAGCAAAAAGUUACACUGACAGGCUUGUGAGCACAGCUUCAGAGGCAAUAGUCCUGUUGGAGACUGUGAACUCUGUGGGCAUUGAUACGAGUUUGGAUCCUGGUCGGCCAUCAGCCUCUAGAAGCACACGGUCCGGAGAUAAAGCCCCCAAGGCUGCUUCAACCACCUCGUCCGCUGCUCAUCGUUUUCUUAGCCGCAUGCUGGGUCUUUUGAACACGUGCAAGGAAGAGCUAGAUGGGUUUCUAGCUCCUGGCCGUGGAUGUGCAGGAACGUAUGGAUUGGAGGCGUUUUCAGCAGGGGAAAGACGACCAAGAAGCGAGAUCUGGCCUCCACUGAUUAUCCCAUCCAUGCAUUCCGCGAUCUUGAGGGUCUUUGGGGCUCUGAAGCAAGUUCACAGUGAGCUUGGCGAUGGGGAGCUGUCAGAGAUAUUGCACAUGGCUUCAGUGACCACCACUCAUGGAGAUGGAGAGGUAGGAGAGGUACGAGGAGAGGUAAAUGGUCUUCAAGCGGAUCAGGGGGAUGUGGAACUGCCUCGUCAUCGAAGGAUACCAGGAUGGGAAAAUGUUCACAAGAUGCUUUGUGAGGGGCUGAGCUUGGCAGAAGAGUUUGCGUCGGCAACAGCACGGGGGACAUCUGUGAAGCCUCCGGUGACCUCAGCUGAGGAGCGAGCAACCAUGUUUUCACAUCAAUUUGAGAGAACGGUUCAGGAAAUGCUGAUCACUGUCCAGACUUGGAAUCGUGCCUCUGCGGAAUUCUGUCAUGCGGAUAAGGAUGAUCGCACUUCCACUGUGGAGCACCCACAACAGGUCGGCAAAGAAAUUGCAGAGCAACCUGCUGGAGAAUGGCUGACUGUGUGUGCAGGAACAGCACCGGGAGAGGCAGAAGAGAAGGAGAAGGGGUGUGAAGAAAGCAAGGAUGGACAGCAGCAGACAGAGGAAGAACGUUGGUCUGCUGGGCUCGAAGUCGAAGGCACCCUAGAUGAGUGGGCAAAGUGCAUAACACAGCAGAUGGCAGUGGUGAGGUUAGAAAGCAUCAUGGAGUCGCUGGAGAAGACCAUUCUCCUUGCGGCGGAGGUAGCCGAUGCGUGUGUGAAUAAGAGUGUUGAUGACAACCCUUCUGUGACGAAGGAAGGUGUUCAAAGUGAGUGUGACACACAAGAGGUGGCCUUCAGGAGGGUUCCAGCAGUUCUGCUUACACAACUCCAUGGUCCAUUGCGGAUGCUUUGCUCGGCAGCUGUUCACGUAUUCACAGACUACAUCGAAUUUCACAAGGCGGUUGCCAAAUUGGGAUAUGUCUUAUCCAAUCUAUUUUGUUCACUGUACAAAGAGGGGUUUUGCAGCUCAGAGGAGGAGGAGGCAGAUGGUGAAGGCGCAUCCAAGUUUGAAGAAGCUUCAGGAACAGGGAUGGGAGAAGGAGAAGGGAAGAAAGACGUCAGCGAUGAGAUUGAAGACGAAGAGCAACUGCUUGGCGACAACGAGAAUCUUGAGGAGGAGGCUGCAGAAGGUGAGAAAGAGAAGAACAAGAACAAAGGCGUGGAAAUGGAACAGGACUUUGAAGGGAAGCUUUUUGACCUUAGCGACGAUGAGGAGGAUGAGGAGGAGGAAGAGGGUGAAGAGAAUAAGGAUGAGCGAAUGGAUCAGCAGAUGGGAGAAACGGGAGAUAAGGAAGAGGUGGUGGAUGAAAAGCUGUGGGGAAAUGAGGACGAGGAAGAGGAAAGAAAAAGAGGAGAAGAAAAGUACGAGAAGGACGCCCCUGUGUCAGGUGUUGACGAGGAGGAGCUAGAGUAUAGAGGUCGGGAGGAAGAGGAAGAAGAGGGAAGAGGGCAGGGCGAGGAAAAGGACAGGAAGCAGAAGGAGAAAGAAAAACGUGGCAGAGACACGGAAGGAAGAGAGGAUGGAUCGGAGGAGGAGGAGGAGGAGGAGGAGGAAGCCGAGGAAGGAGUAGAUGAUGCCGAACGGGUCGGGGAGGAUCAAGUGGAACAGAAACAUGGAGUUAAACCUGAGGAAGACGAGGAGCUACAGCUUCCAGAUAAUAUGGAGCUUGAUGGGGAGAUGCAAAACGAAGAGGACAAGGGGGAGGAUGGAGAGGGUAAAGAACAGGAGAGCAAGCCGGAUGGAGAUGGGGAAGCCGAUGAAGGGCAGCAAAUGAAACAUGAGGAGAAUAUGGACGGGGAUCAGGAUGGUGAUGGCAAAGAGGAGGGGGUGGAGAAAGAUGAAGCACAAGGUCAUUCCGAGGGUGAAGAAGAAGAAACAGCCGACGACAUGGAGGAGAGGCAGAAUGAUGACGGGAGAACCGGUGCUGCGAUGGACGAGGAAGAAGAGGAAAAGAAAGACGAUGAGGGUGGAGAAGCCCCUCUUGCACUGGGUGUAGAAGAGGCUGCGAAAGAAGAUGGAGGGGAGGACGUCGAUGGUGAAGAAGAAGUGGAGGGUAAGGGGGACCAGAGGGAUGAGAAAGGAGUAGAGGAACGAGUGAUGGGGGUGAGGGACUGGAAGAAAGGGGCAGAUCAAGUGGCACAGGAGGGAGCAGAAGAGGAGGACCAUCAACAGAGAGGGGACCAUGAGGAAGAAACCGGUCAUGAGAAAAAGGAUACAGUGAUGGCAGAGGCAGAGGGAGGAAAACAGAGGGCAUCAUCAACUGCUGGAUCACAACCACCACCGCGAUCGUCCCGGAAAAUGAAGCGGGAAAAGCCAGAAGCGAACCCCCAUCGGAGUUUGGGAGAUGCUCUCCGGGAAUGGAAGGAGAGGUUGAAGGUGGUUGGGGAUGCACUUGAGCAACAGAACAGAAAUGAGGAUGCAGAUGCAGGCGAUGAGGGGGAGGGGGAGGAGGAGGAGGAGGCAAAAGGGACUGACACGUUGAAAGAUGCAGAUUACGAAUAUGUAGCCGGAGAAGAGAAAGGAGAAGGGCAGACAGUGGGGCCUGCAACAGAGGAACAGAUCAUGGCACAGAAGGAGGGCGAGAAGGAAAAGGAAGAUACCGAAAUGAAACAGGAUGAUGAACACAAGGCUGAGGAAGAUGCGGAGCAGGCCAAGGAGGAGGAGGAGGAGGAGGAGCAGGAGGAGGGUUUACCUGUGAUAAAGGUCAAGCAUGAUAGAGAUAGGAAAUCCAAGAAACAAGCAGGUCUGCAGGACCAGCAAGGAAAUGACGAAGAUGACGAAAGAAGGAAUGGCAAGGAUACUGCAAGAGAGGAUGCUGCUGAAGACAUGGACUGGAGUGAAGGGGAAGGUGCAGUGGGGGAUGGUGAGAGACAGGUGGAAAACUUUGUCUCUAUUGGAAGAAUGAAACUGGGAUUAGAGGAGGAAGAGGGAGGAGCAGGGGAAAUCGACGAAGAGAAGCGGCUUGAUGGAACAAUGUCGGAGGAGGAGAUGAAACAGCUCAGAGACGAAAUGGAGAAAAGAAUGCAAGAAUUGAGGAUGGAGGGAGCUGAGGGGGAGGAGGGGAAAGCAAAGAGGCUGGCCAAGGCACGAACUCUCUGGAGAAGGUACGAACACAUGACUUCACGGCUGGCGCAAGAGUUGUCAGAACAGCUGCGGUUGAUUUUGGAACCAACACUCGCAACAAAACUCCAAGGAGAUUACCGAUCGGGAAAGCGGAUCAACAUGAAGAAGGUUAUUCCAUACAUUGCAAGCCAGUUCCGGAAAGACAAGAUAUGGCUCCGCCGCACAAAGCCCAACAAGCGCCAGUACCAGGUGGUUCUUGCGAUCGAUGACUCAAAAAGUAUGAGUGAAAGCAGGUGUGGGCAUCUUGCCCUGGAAGCGAUGGCGACGAUAUGCAAGGCGAUGUCCCAUCUUGACAUUGGGCAGAUGGCAGUCGUUAACUUUGGCAGCAAAGGAAACGUCCAUCUUCUCCACAGUUUUGAUCAGUCAUUUAGCGAUGAAGCUGGUGUAAAUAUUGUUUCACAGUUCUCAUUUAAUCAAGAUAAUACGAUAGCAGACGAGCCUGCUGUCGACUUGCUGCACUUCCUGGCCCGGAUGCUUGACGCAGCAACCUUGAGGUCCUCGGCAACAAACGGCCUCCCUAUUCAACAACUUGUACUCGUAAUUGCGGAUGGACGGUUUCAUGAAAAGGAAAGUUUGAGACGUUGUGUUAGAGAGUUGACAUCCAGAAGACAGCUGCUGGCCUUUUUGGUCCUCGACAAUCCCCAAGAAUCAAUUAUUGAUAUGCAGACGGUGUCAUUCGCUCAAGGAAAGCCAUCUUUCUCCAAGUACCUCGAUUCCUUCCCGUUCCCUUACUACAUUCUAUUGCAAGACAUAGUCGCUCUUCCUCGGACGCUUGCAGAUCUUCUGCGACAAUGGUUUGAGUUGAUGCAGCGAACGAGCUGAAACAUGAGGGGGGAUGACAUGUAAUGCAAAGAAGGGUGACCAUAUUUACAGAGCAAUGGGAAACA